UGCAACCGAAAGCAGUAAUUUAUUUAUAUAAUUUAAUUAUAAUAAAGUGAGAGAUGAGAGUUAAUUAAAUAGUAUAUUUUCAGCAGCAAGGAAUGUGAGCCGACUCUUGCCCAAGUACAAUUGCACGGUAAAAGUAGAUGCACGAAGAGAAGACUCCGACAACAACCCAAAACAGAGGGAAAAUCUCACUAACAAACAACGGUCACAUUUCCACCCACUACCUUCUCUACGUUGGUUUUCAGGCCCAGCCAGCCUUGGAUUUUUGUCCUAAGCUAGUCACGAGCAAUCCCUCCACAAUUGCUAAUUUUCCAUCGCUUAAACUCAUUUCCUCUCCUGCCAUUAUCAUCCGCCCAAUUAUAUCUCUUGAAACCACAACAGUCACCGACCAUAGCAAUGGCUCCUCUUACAUCCUACCCAGAAUCCGUUGCGGCCAUCAUCUCUACAGUCGACCAUAACUUUCGUGGGCUUCUGUCAUGCCCAGCCACCCGCCGCUCCCUCCAGCUCCACUGCGCUUCCAAACUUACAAUUCCUAACAGCAGAUUCUUUGAAUUCUUUGACCAUUCGAUCCUCUCAAACCUGUAUUGGGGCAUCGAGACCAUUGAAUCAGCAAUCAAUUCAACCUCGGCAAGCGAGCAAAAUAUGCUCCUUGCUAACUCUGAGAAGAUGUUGCAGGUUCCAGCAAUACUUGAUGAGGAUUCAGUCACUGCAGGAAUUAAUAACAAAUUCAUAGUCUGCUGCUCCUUCUUCCACUUGGCAUUUAUCAGAAAGCUCUGGAGUGACGAGUGGCAGAUGGCCAUGCAUUUCCUUCAAGCUGUCUUGGUGUCGCCCAGCUUUGUAGGAACAGAAUUUGCACCUGAAUUGUAUGCGAGCUUAUUCGGGUCUUCGGCAGCCAAUGUAGAUGAAGUAGCAGCAAGACAACAAGCCAGGAGGUACAAGGACUGUCUUAUGUUCUACCAAGUCAUCUGCCAUGGUAAAUCAAGAAAAAAUCAGUUUAGAGUCUUCUCCAGCAACAGAUUUAUCGAAUCAGAUGAACAAGAACCUACAUUAGCAAUCCUCAAUGGUGUUAAUAAGGCCAACCAAUCAGAUUCCAGUAAUGAUAUGGGGAGAAAGAACAUUAUGGCAACUGUGUCCAAUUCAGUGGAACGUGAUUCUACAAAAUUUGCUAACAGGAGAGCUAAUUCCAUACAUUCUGAUGAAUGUUUUGACACAAACAUCAAGGAUAUAAAACGUCUACAAGAGAUGCUAGAGUCACAGUCAUAUUCAUCAGUUUCCAUCCGCUCAGAUUUUGAUGAAACAAGUGAUUCAGAGUUCCUGAACCAGGUACAUAUACAGAGGGGAAGUCCAGUAAAUGGCAUUUUGGACAAUGAACAUCUUUCAGCUUCUGAUAUUACUGAAAGGAAUUGUUUGCCCAAAAUCCCUGCUCUCAUUUGUAAUCUGACUUGUGAGCCAAAAGGUCCUUUUAGUGGCUUACCUGUUGAAGACAAUGAAACAAAUGCUACGCAUUUAUUAUCAUACAGAACUAAUAGUUUACGGACUGAUCGGAACUUUUCACCCAUGCAUUCCAAAGUCGUUGAUUCAAAUUCUUACUAUGACUAUCAUAGAGGAGAAAAGCUCCCUCGAUCCUCACCGAGGCGUGAUGUCAGAUGCAUCAGCAGUUUCUUAUCAAAAUUCCCAAAGAAAUAUGACAUUUCUGAAUUGAUUCGUCAUGGAAGUUUUGCACCAGAGCAUACAUUUUCCAUUCGUCAGAAAGACUGGAGUGAAGAUAGCUCAAAUUUUGAGAACUCUAGACACAUUCAACUUCUACAAGGAUUUGAAAACGUCAUUUCAGUUUUAUGCACCUCAGAUGGUUCAAGGAAUUGUGAAGAUGUUAAUUGGGAGAGCACCAUGUGGGAAAUGCUGCAUAAUAAUCCUGAGCUCAAAUACAGUUCAGCAAAGUAUGAAAUACUCCAACAACUUUUUAAAAUUCUGUCAAGUUCAAAGAGAGAAAGUGAAAUAAGAGUUUGCGUAUCCAUCUUAUUGGGCCUCAUUGCUGUAGACAACACAAUUAUAGAUGAUAUUAAGAGAGAAAAUUUUCAUUUGUAUAAUCUAGCAACUGCAUUAAAGAGAAAUGUGCAUGAGGCGGCUAGUCUUAUCUAUUUGCUCAGUCCGUCGCCUUCUGAGAUUAGAAGUUUAGAACUUUUACCAGAUUUAGUAGAAGUUGCAUGCAACGCUAACAGGGAAAAACAGAAAAUGAGGCCUCAAUCCGUCACACCUACAACAGCAGCUAUAGCCAUGAUUGAAAUUCUUGUGACAGCAUUUGAUUAUGUUACGAAUAAUAUGCACUUAGCAGCUAUUAGUUCUCCUCAGGUUCUCACUAAACUUGUGAAUGUUGCGAUGAAUAACAAUAUGAGUGAAGGUGUAGCCUUGGCGACCAUUCUCAUGAAGUGUAUGCGACUAAAUGGAAACUGCAGAAAAUUUUUGUCCCAGUUUACUCCAAUUGAUCCAUUUAUUCAUCUCCUAGGAAGUAGCAAAAUGAGUGUCAAAUCCGCUGCACUUGGGUAUUUCCACGAACUACUCUGCAUGCCAAGGUCAUCAGCAAUUAAACUACUAUAUCAGAUACGAGAAGUGGAGAUGAACAACAUCAAGCCAAUCCUACUAGCAUGUGUCAAACAAGAUAAAAAUGAGAAUCAACUAAUAGCAGCAAACAUUCUUCUUCAGCUGGAUAUUCUGGAAGGAACAAAAUGUAGAAGUGUAUUCGCAGAAGAAGCAAUAGGGGCCUUAUUAGGUUCAGUUGUGACAGGAGAAAAUCCCAGAUUGCAGUCAUUAUCUUUAUUCAUCCUUUCAAAUAUCGGAGGGACUUUUGCCUGGACAGGAGUAUCAUACACGGCAGCCUGGCUUGUAAAUAAAGCAGGAUUAAAAGACUCAACUCACAGAAAUAUGAUCAGAGAUAUUGACUGGCACGACCCUUGCUUACAGGAUCCUGAAAUGUGUAGCUGGAGUAGAAAGGCAGCAAGAGUACUCAUCAAAUCUGGGAUAUCUGUCUUCUGUGCAGUAGCAAAGGGAAUUCACAGCGAACGACAGAGCGUUCAACGGGAUUGCCUCAUCACUACUGCAUGGCUUGGAAGUGAAAUGGCACUUAUUCGGUCAAGGAGCCUCAAGUAUUCUGCUUGUGAAAUUUUGCUGGAUGAAAUAGCCGCCUUUCUUCAUCCCGGAACACUACUCGAUGAAAGGGUUCUAGCAUGCCUGAGCGUCUACAACUACACUUUUGGUAAAGGCAAAGAGAAACUGCUAAACUUCUCCGAGGGAUUAAGAGAAUCACUGAGACGACUUUCUGGUGUCACUUGGAUGGCUGAAGAAUUGCUAAAUGUUACUGAUUAUUUUCAUCCAACUAAACCUAGAGUAUCCUGUGUACAUACACAAAUUUUGGAGAUAGUUAACAUUGGUAAUGGAUCUGUAACUGCUCUUGCCUUCUACAAGGGACACCUAUAUACAGGUUUUUCUGAUGGUACAAUUAAGGUAUGGGACAUCAAGGAAAAGCAGUCUGUGCUUCUAUGGGAGGUCAAGCUGCAUGAAAAGUCUAUUACUUGCUUCACUGUUUAUGAACCAACUGACAACCUUUUAAGUGGAUCUGCUGAUAAAACAGUCAGGGUUUGGAAAAAUGUACAAAAGAAAUUGGAAUGUGUUGAAGUUAUACAAGUAAAGGAACCAGUCCAAAAAGUAGGCACUUACAAUGAAAAGAUCCUCAUAGUCACACAAAGUCGUGGUAUAAAGGUUUGUGAUGUAUCAAGGAGCAUCCAAACAGUUUGCAAGAAUAAACAUGUCACAUCAUUUGCUGUCUUUCAAAGAAAAAUUUACUUGGGCUGUACAGAUUCAAGCAUGCAGGAAAUCGACAUAGAGGAAGAAAAUGAGGUUGAGAUCAGAGCUCCCACACCUAGCUGGAAAUUUCAAAGAACGCCAAUGAAUUCAAUUUGUGUUUUCAAAGACAUGAUUUAUUGUGCAGGUGCUUCAGUAGAAGGAUCAAAAGCGAAGGAAUGGAGAAGGUGGAAACAACCUCUUAUCUCAAUAAAAAUGUCGAGGCAAAAUAAUGUGCACGCAAUGUCAGUGGUUGAAGAUUUCUUUUAUUUGAGUUGCAGCUCAUCUCCAAGUACAAUUCAGAUCUUCUUGAGAGAAAAGCAACAGAGUGUAGGUAGAUUAUCAGCAGGAAGCAAGGUUAUCAGUCUCUUUACGGCAAAUGAUAUUAUCUUGUGUGGAACUGAAGCUGGAUUGGUGAAGGGAUGGAUUCCUCUCUAGCUGGUAAAUGACCAAAUACAGCUGAAUAACACGAUUGUAAGUAAUGAUCUUAGUAUUUGAAAUUUGAUAUAAAAACACGUCAAGUAAAAGAAACUACCAAAAGGCCUAAUGAGGCAUAUCAAAUAGAUUUUUGUUAUGGGUGAAAAGAAA